GUAGUGACGGCGGCAUCAAUUUCCGAAUUAAUUACCAUUUGUCGCAAAAACUGCGCGUCCUUUAUCUUAAGUUUAAUAAAUUAUUAAUCUCUGCAGGUUGUGUUAAAUUGUGAUCUAAAUGGCGUCAGACGAUGAAGUAGACGGUUCUUUUGCAGGCGAUGAAGAAGUAGAAGAAGGUGAGGGUCAAAAUGAGAAUUCUGGCGAGAGUGAUGAAGCCCCACCAAAGGAGGAUGAUGAUUACUCUCCAGAAGAUGGCAGAAAAAAGAAAAAAGGAAAGAAACGGAAGGCUAGGGGUGAAGAUAAAAAAGGGAGAAAGAAAAAGAAAAAGCGCAAGAAUGAAAGUGAAGAUGAUGAUGAUUUUGGUCUUGAAAUUGAGGCCGAGGGGGAUAGUGAUUAUGCAUUAAGUGCAAUGUCCUCCAGUAAGAAAUCACGCAAAGGGCGUGGCAGUAAACACAAUAUUUCCACUCCAGCACCAUCUGAUUCAAACUCUGGUAUGCCAACAGUUGAGGAGGUGUGCUCUUCAUUCGGUCUCACAGACGUAGAUAUUCAGUACAGUGACGCAGACCUAGAAAAUCUUACCUCAUACAAGCUAUUCCAACAGCAUGUCCGUCCACUUCUUGUCAAAGAGAAUCCAAAGGUACCUGUGUCGAAGUUAAUGAUGCUAGUGGCGGCGAAGUGGCGUCUCUUUUGCGAAUCAAAUCCUCACCUCAGUGGCGGCUCGCAGACUAUAGGCUCCGAAGAGAAUACAAACACUUCGACCGCAUCAGAUUAUGCCCCUAAAGCCAGGAUUGGACGACCACCUAAAGAUAGCAUCAAGGGCGACGAGGCGACGGACGAGCCAGAGGAAGAAGAGGAGGAGGAGGCGAGCGACGAAGGCGCGCCGGCGCCGCGCAAGCGCGGCCGCCGCCCCAAGCACGCCGCCGGCGCGGCGCCGCGCGGCAAGCCCGGCCGCAAGCCCAAGGUGCCCACGCUCAAGAUCAAGUUCAGCAAGCGCAAGAGGACCAGCAGCGAGGAAGAGCAUGAGGGUAGCCUUGGUGCAAACACAGACUCAGAUGCAGAGUUCGAACAAAUGUUGGCUGAAGCAGAAGAACCCAAACCGCCCACAGCAACUGCUUCUGAAGAGAGUGUUCAACCAAAGGAGGAAGACCCAAAUGCUCCACCACAGCCAAAGAAAAAGGCAAAGACAAAAAUUGGCAAUAAGAGCAAGAAGAAGAAGAAAUUGAAGACAACAAACAAGUUCCCUGAUGGUGCAGAGGGUGAACAGGAGCAUCAAGAUUAUUGUGAGGUGUGCCAACAAGGGGGUGAAAUAAUCCUUUGUGACACAUGCCCUCGUGCUUAUCAUUUGGUGUGUCUUGAACCUGAGCUGGAGGAGACUCCAGAAGGUCGCUGGUCAUGUCCACAUUGUGAGGCUGAAGGUAAUCAAGACCAGGAGGAUGAUGAUGAGCAUCAAGAGUUUUGCAGAAUUUGCAAAGAUGGUGGCGAGCUUUUAUGCUGUGAUUCUUGCCCUUCUGCAUAUCAUCGAUUCUGCUUGAGUCCACCACUAGAAGAAGUACCUGAUGGAGAAUGGAAGUGUCCACGAUGUAGUUGUCCACCUCUCGACGGGAAAGUAGCAAAGAUUCUGACUUGGAGAUGGAAAGAGCAACCUCCAAAAUCAAAAGCGCCGCGUUCGCGUGAGUUCUUCGUGAAGUGGCAUGAACGUUCUUACUGGCAUUGCAGUUGGAUAUCAGAAAUACAGUUGGAUGUAUUCCAUCCUCUCAUGUAUCGGUACUAUAUGCGUAAAUCUGAUCCCGAAGAACCGCCUAAACUAGAGGAACCUGAGGAACGACAGGGCCGCAAGCGGGCUAAGAAUAAACAACAGCAAGAACAUGACUCAGAUGAGAAAUUAUUGGAGGAGAAAUAUUACAGGUUUGGUGUAAAACCAGAGUGGUUGAUAAUCCAUCGUGUGAUCAAUCACCGUACAGCACGAGAUGGUACCACAUAUUAUCUAGUAAAGUGGCGUGAUUUAUCUUACGAUCAAGCCACCUGGGAGUCAGAAAAUGAAGACAUUGCUGGACUCAAACAUGCUAUUGAGUAUUAUCAGGAUAUGCGAGCCUUUAUCACUUCUGAAGGCAAGACAAAAGGUAGCAAAGGCAAGAAGCCAGGCCGAAAGAGCAAAAAUAAAGAUACUAUAGAUGAAGAUGAAAGCAGCGGCGGACUGCAAAUUAAAGCUAGAAAAUACAAUCCACCACCUGAUCGUCCUACAACAAAUCUUAACAAAAAGUAUGAAGACCAACCGCCAUUCGUAUAUGAAACUGGAAUGCAACUUCAUCCAUACCAACUGGAAGGUCUUAAUUGGUUACGUUACUCAUGGGGCCAAGGAAUUGAUACUAUUCUGGCUGAUGAAAUGGGUCUCGGUAAAACCAUCCAAACAGUUACAUUCCUUUAUUCUUUGUUUAAAGAAGGACACAGUAAAGGACCUUUUUUGGUAUCUGUCCCAUUGUCAACCAUUAUUAAUUGGGAAAGAGAAUUUGAACUAUGGGCCCCUGACUUAUAUUGCAUAACAUAUGUCGGCGACAAAGACUCUAGAGCUGUUAUAAGAGAAAAUGAGCUGACUUUUGAUGAUGGCGCAAAUAGAGGUGGUAGACCAUCAAAAAUCAAAUCCCAAGUAAAGUUUAAUGUACUUCUCACUUCAUAUGAAUUGAUUUCUAUUGACUCUACCUGUUUAGGUUCAAUUGAAUGGGCUGUUUUGGUGGUUGAUGAAGCUCACAGGCUUAAAAGUAAUCAAUCUAAAUUCUUUAGGCUUCUAGCUGGCUAUCAUAUAAACUACAAACUUCUUUUGACUGGUACUCCUUUGCAAAAUAACCUCGAGGAGUUGUUCCACCUUUUGAAUUUCUUAAACAAAGACAAGUUUUGUGAUCUUGCUGCUUUCCAAAAUGAAUUUGCUGAUGUUUCGAAAGAGGAGCAAGUCAAGAGGCUUCACGAAAUGCUUGGGCCGCAUAUGCUGCGACGUUUAAAAGCUGAUGUGCUAAAGAACAUGCCGGCAAAGUCGGAAUUCAUUGUGCGUGUAGAAUUGUCGCCCAUGCAGAAAAAAUACUAUAAGUAUAUUCUAACUAGAAACUACGAAGCACUAAAUCCUAAAGGUGGUGGUCAGACAGUUUCUUUGCUAAAUGUAAUGAUGGAUUUGAAGAAGUGCUGUAACCAUCCAUAUCUGUUCCCAGUGGCGGCUGAAGAAGCGCCACUCGGUCCUCAUGGAAACUAUGAAACGCAGGCUUUGAUCAAGGCCUCAGGCAAACUCGUUCUUAUGUCUAAAAUGUUGAAACAACUUAAAGAACAAGGGCACAGAGUUUUAAUCUUCUCACAGAUGACAAAAAUGUUGGAUAUCUUAGAAGAUUUCUUGGAAGGAGAAGGUUAUAAAUAUGAAAGGAUUGAUGGUGGUAUUACUGGGACAAUUCGUCAGGAAGCUAUUGAUAGGUUUAAUGCUCCAGGAGCACAGCAGUUUGUCUUUCUUCUAUCUACAAGAGCUGGAGGCUUAGGAAUUAAUUUGGCCACGGCUGAUACUGUCAUUAUUUAUGACUCAGAUUGGAAUCCUCAUAAUGACAUUCAAGCCUUCUCACGAGCUCAUCGUAUUGGUCAAGCGAACAAAGUAAUGAUUUAUCGUUUUGUCACGCGUAAUAGUGUGGAAGAAAGAGUAACACAGGUUGCUAAGCGGAAGAUGAUGUUGACUCACCUGGUCGUACGUCCCGGUAUGGGUGGUAAAGGCGCCAACUUUACCAAACAAGAAUUGGAUGACAUAUUAAGGUUCGGUACCGAGGAGCUAUUUAAGGAAGAGGAAGGUAAAGAAGAAGCUAUCCAUUACGAUGAUAGAGCUGUGGCUGAAUUACUCGAUCGUUCAAAGGAAGGUAUUGAACAAAAAGAAUCCUGGGCAAAUGAGUAUCUCAGUUCCUUCAAAGUGGCGAGUUAUUCAACAAAAGAAGGCGAUGGCGAGGAAGAAGUCGACACAGAAAUCAUCAAACAGGAAGCUGAAAAUACAGAUCCUGCUUACUGGAUCAAACUGCUCAGGCACCAUUAUGAACAGCAUCAAGAAGAUCAAGCAAGAACUCUUGGUAAAGGAAAGCGUGUUCGAAAACAAGUUAAUUAUAAUGACGGUAGUGUUGCUCAAACUGAAAACAGAGAGGACUCAACAUGGCAGGAGAAUGGAUCAGAUUAUAAUUCAGAGUUCUCACAAGGCAGCGAAGAUGAUAAAGAAGAUGACGACUUCGAUGAAAAGAAUGACAAUGGAGAUCUUCUCAGUCGGCGCAGUAAGAGACGAUUGGAAAGGCGCGAAGAGCGUGACAGGCCACUUCCUCCGCUACUGGCACGAGUUGGAGGCAAUAUGGAAGUACUCGGCUUCAAUGCAAGGCAAAGAAAGUCAUUCCUCAAUGCCAUAAUGCGUUACGGUAUGCCACCUCAAGAUGCAUUUAAUUCACAAUGGCUAGUCAGAGAUCUUAGAGGAAAAUCUGAACGCAAUUUCAAAGCCUAUGUCUCACUUUUCAUGCGACAUUUAUGCGAACCUGGUGCGGACAAUGCUGAAACAUUCGCUGAUGGUGUGCCCAGGGAAGGUUUAUCUAGACAACAUGUAUUAACAAGGAUUGGUGUUAUGAGUCUGAUUAGAAAGAAAGUUCAAGAGUUUGAGCAUAUUAAUGGAUAUUACAGUAUGCCAGAGUUGAUACGAAAACCGGUGGAACCGGUCAAAAUAGCGGGUGCUGCUAAUGAAAGUGCGGCUCCUAGUCCAGCCCCUUCAACAGCUACUCCCAUUACAUCAGCCGCACCUUCACCUGCCCCUACACAAGUGGCACAGACCGCAGGUCCUACUCCUGUCGGUUCUGAUAAAGAUGAUAAAGAAGAAGCUAAAGAAGACAAGCCUGACAUUAAAGAAAUCAAAGAAAAAGAUGAACCUAUGGACACAAAUGAUACUAAAGAAGUUGAUGAAGAACAAAAGAAAGACGAGAAAGAAACGGUUAAAGAAAAAGAAGAAAUCAAGGAAGAAAGACGAAUGUCUGUUGACGAGGAACCUCCGAAAGAAGAUGAAAAAUCAGAUGAAAAGAAAUCGGAGGAAGUUACAGAUAAAAUCAAGGAAGAGAAAGAGGACUCCGAUAAGAAAGAUGACGCAAAGAGCGAUAAGACUGAGUCGGAAGCAUCAGAGAAACCUAAAGAAGAAAAGAAGGAGGAGGAUGACGACGACGUUGUAAUUGUAAAGGAAGAGGAAGAUCUCAAAGUGGAACGACGCAAGUUUAUGUUCAAUAUCGCGGAUGGUGGUUUCACAGAGUUACAUACACUGUGGCUGAACGAGGAAAGAGCGGCGGCGCCUGGCAGAGAAUACGAAAUAUGGCACAGAAGGCAUGACUAUUGGCUGUUAGCGGGUAUAGUGACGCAUGGGUACGGUCGUUGGCAAGACAUCCAGAAUGACCUUCGUUUCGCCAUUAUCAAUGAGCCUUUCAAAAUGGACGUCGGUAAAGGAAACUUCCUUGAGAUUAAGAACAAAUUUCUGGCGAGGCGGUUUAAGCUGCUGGAGCAGGCGCUGGUGAUCGAGGAGCAGCUGCGGCGCGCCGCGUACCUGAACCUGACGCAGGACCCCAACCACCCCGCCAUGUCGCUGAACGCGCGCUUCGCCGAGGUGGAGUGCCUAGCCGAGUCUCACCAGCACCUUAGCAAGGAGUCGCUCGCCGGAAACAAACCCGCCAACGCCGUCUUGCAUAAGGUGCUGAACCAGCUGGAGGAGCUGCUGUCGGACAUGAAGUCGGACGUGUCGCGGCUGCCGGCCACGCUGGCGCGCAUCCCGCCCGUGGCGCAGCGCCUGCAGAUGUCCGAGCGCUCCAUCCUGUCGCGCCUUGCCGCCACCGCUGGCAACCCCGUGCCCGCAGCACAAAUGGCGCAGUUCCCGGCGGGCUUCCAGGCAGGAGGCACGCUGCCCGGCUUUUCGCCGGCCGCGGCAGCAGCGGCUAACUUCUCCAACUUCCGCCCGCAGUACUCCGUGCCCGGACAGCCCACCUCUACCGGUUCCUCUAAUAAAUCAUAAGCCUGCGUAACUUAUUAUACAUUGUAAUUCAAUUUGAUGCACCUUCCAGAAGGUGAAUGAAACAGUCGCAUAGAUGAAUAUUUAGAUUUAAGCUUUCCAAGAUUCCUGUUCCACCUUGGGUUUGAAGUGAUAAUUAGUGAUUAGUGCAGUUAUGUUAGGUAACAUAAAUAUGUCAUAUAAAACAGACUCUCACAAUAUUAUUUAUUUCAUCCUGAUCUGUAUGAAUCUUGUUUAUUGCUAAGUGAUUGUGGACUUAUGAAAUCUUUAUUUUUAAUUUACCAAAAAUGAAAAUUGAAUAAAUCAUUUAAUUAAG